CUGGGUAAUUCUUCUUAGAGGCGAUGAAUGGCUGGAUUUCUUAGUUCAACGAAGCAACAUUUUUUUCACGCUUGUAUUUAAGAUUUUGGUCAUACAGCGGAAGAAUAUAACUAAUUAGAUGAAAUGCGCCGAUGAGAGCAAAAACACCAACUUUGAAAGGAGGCACAUUGGCUAGUCCUUUUUCUUUUUGGGUUAUCUGAAAUUGUGAUCAUUCUUUAGUUUUAGGGUGGGGAAAGAGAGGGAUUUCUAUUGUGGGAUUCGGGUGUGGGCAUUUCUGGUUUAGGACAAAAAGAAAACAUUGGGGUUUUGUGUCUUCUCUAGCAUUCUCGCUUUUCCUUAAAAGAACUUGUAUAUGUUAGAUUCGAUGAGAUGAGAAGGGUAGCAAGUGAAUGGGGUUGUGGCUUUAGAGGAAAUGGGAUUAAGAACACUUGGGUACAUAAUGGUCUGUGUGAUGCUUCUUUUUUUGGUGGCCAUGGUUGAUUCUGCAAAUCAUCGACCUGAGGUGAAGGAAGAAAAACUGCUCUACGCGAUGGCUCAUAGAGUGAAUAGUGAAGCUGAAAUUAAUUAUAUUGAAGAGAAGCGAGAUGAGAGGCCUCUACUCCACUUGCGUGAUUCUUUUGCUAGUUCAUCUCUAGCUUCUGCAAGUAUGGCUACUUCGAGUGCUAACGACCCAAAGUCUAGUGGUGUUGUAAACGCUACACUUGUAAGCAACCUAUCUAUGCAACAGGAGAAACAAGAAGGUGUAACACUAGAGGGACAAUCAUCAGAGACAAAAGAAAUUGCAGGAGAUGAACUUCCACCUCUAAAACCUCCACCAGGAAGAACAGUGGCACCCCCACCACCAGCGGCACCUGCUCCACCGCCACCUCGUCCACCUCCCCCAGGAGCUCCAGGACCUCCAGCACCCCCAAAACCCCGCCCCCCACCUCCUCCUAAAUCAAAUUUAAGGCCUUCACCUCUUGGACCAAAGAGGCCUAAUAAGAGUGGCUCUAACGAUGAUGGUACCGAUGAUGGAGGUCAAAAAACUAAAUUGAAACCUUUCUUUUGGGAUAAGGUUAUGGCCAGUCCUAAUCAAUCCAUGGUCUGGCAUGAGAUUAGUGGUGGAUCUUUCCAGUUUGAUGAAGAGAUGAUAGAGUCACUUUUUGGCUAUAAUGCCAAUAAGAAUAACAAUGAGCGUAAGAGAGAGGUAGUUGACAAUUCAGUUCAGUACAUUCAAAUUAUUGAUCCGAGGAAGGCUCAGAAUCUAUCUAUACUUUUGAAAGCAUUGAAUGUGACUACAGAAGAAGUUCUUGAUGCUCUUAGAGAAGCUAACGAGCUUCCAGUGGAGCUUCUCCAGACUUUGUUGAAGAUGGCACCAACCGCAGAUGAGGAAUUAAAGCUUAGGCUAUAUGCGGGUGAGAUUGCUCAACUAGGCCCUGCUGAACGUUUCCUCAAAGCAUUGGUGGAGGUCCCUUUUGCUUUCAAAAGAAUUGAAUCCCUAGUGUUUAUGAGUUCCCUUCAGGAAGAAGUUACCACUCUCAAAGAAGCCUUUGUGACCCUAGAGGUAGCUAGCAACAAGCUCAAAAAUAGCAGGUUAUUCUUGAAACUACUGGAAGCAGUCCUCAAAACUGGCAAUCGAAUGAAUGAUGGCACAUACCGAGGUGGUGCAUUAGCAUUCAAGCUCGACACUCUUCUAAAGCUCUCAGAUGUCAAAGGAACGGAUGGAAAGACAACUCUUUUACACUUUGUUGUUCUAGAAAUCAUUCGUUCUGAAGGCAUUCGAGCAGUCCGAGCAGCAAAGGCAAACGCAAGCGUCUCUAGCGUGAUGUCAGAUGACCUCAGCGAGGACCCCAAUGAUAAGGCAGCAGAGGAACACUACUGCAACAUUGGUCUUCAAGUAGUUUCGAGCUUGAGCAACGACUUUGAUGAGGUGAAAAAGGCAGCUGUAUUGGACGCUGACAUGUUGUCAUCUACACUGGGAAAACUCAGGAAAUCAUUAACGAAGGCUAAAGCUUUUGUGGAGUCAGACAUGAAGAGCGAUGAAGAGAGCGAGUUUUAUGCAGCACUCGUUGGCUUCAUGAAUCGAGCUGACUCAGAUAUUGCCUGGCUUUCAGAGGAAGAGAAGAGGAUAACAUCACUAGUACAGAGCACAGCAGAUUACUUCCAUGGCAAGUCGGGUAAGGAAGAAGGCUUACGACUUUUUAGCAUUGUUCGGAGUUUCUUGACAAUGCUUGACAAGGCAUGUAAAGAAGUGAAGGAAGCGAGAGCUAAGAAAGUGCCUGCAACGAAAGUGUCGAUCAAGAAAGAUAACUUAGGUGAGGCGUCAAGUUCAGGAAUUCAACAACAACAACAACAGGUUGAGAAUCAAAAUCAUCAUAAACGGUUGUUUCCAGCCAUUGCUGAAAGGCGGAAUAAUGAGUCUUCUAGUUCAGAUGAUGAAAACUCAAGUGAUGAAGAUUAGCUCUCCCUUUUCCUCUCUUCUUAGCUUUUGUAUGAUAGAUACCAAAACAAAAAGGCCAAAUCUUUCUCAGUCUACAAUCUUGUACAUGUACACACUUUCUUGUUUGUAUAUUCACCCAAGUUAGAGAAGGAAAAUUUUUCAUUUUUAUUUUUU